AUGUCAAGCGCCCUUGCUGAUGCCAAUCUCUGUAUUAGAGGCUAUCCGGCUCAUAAGUGUCUCUUGCCUGGCGAAGCUCACAAUGAAAACUCGAAGAACAAGGGCAUCGGCGCGCUGACUCAGAAGGAAAUUGUAACGCUGAUAGAUGCGUUGAAGGGAGGAACCAUGCAAGUCUUCAAAGUUGACAAGGCACACCGAGGUGAGUUUUGUUUACCUUUUAAUAUGCACUUUUGGGUUUUAACCUCAUGUGUAGCAGCUGUGAUGGCCUCCGAGAGGCCAGUCAUUACAGGCAUCGCACCGCCACCCGAGUGGCCUCAUGAGGGUGCUCGACGACUAUUUGCUAAUGGUGAUACCGACUACCAUGGCCCAGUUCGUCUCCAGCCCAGCAGUGCAGCUACAAAGGUUAAGAAAGAAAAAAGCGCCUCAGGCCCCUCUCCCACCCUCCGAUAA